AUGGACAUGAGCGAGAAGGACGUCGCGGGAGCGGCUGCCGCUCAGACCCCUGCGACCAGGAAGCGCAACACCACCUCGCGAUACCUCAACCUCAAGCGCCUGCCAACCUUGCAAGAAGUCCUCGACAGGCGAACACGUCCACCACUCGACCUCUUCUGCUUCUACAUCUUUCUCCAGCGUGAGAGUUCCGAGGAUGCGCUCGAUUUUUGGCUCGACGUUCAGCAACAUGAGAACCUGUGCAAGGCGUAUUUCAAAGAUUUGAAACGCUCAGGACGAAGUGUUGACGAGGACUGGCCCGAUUUUGCGGCGUAUGCGCGCCAGAACGGAUCGUACAUGACCCCCAUGCUCGACUUGACAGGGUCGGGCGAACACAUCCCCCGCCACAGCCAGACAACCUCGAGCGUUCCUCCCGCGCGCCGCUCAUCCGAGCUCGUCGCCCCGGGAAGCAGCCAGCACGCUCCCUCGUCCUAUCGUCAUGACUCGUACCGACACGACUCAUACCGCAGCACCGACCCAGAGCACCAGCAGCAGCACACUUCUCCCUUCCUUGGCAGCGCGCCGUCGUUAGCUGGGUCCGAGUUUGGCCAGAACGCCAACCGUAGCUCGAGCGGCGCCAGUAUGCGCUGGUCCACAAACCGCAAGAGCGCCCAGCGCGCACCGACCGUGUUUGCCCGCGACCGCGCCAUUGAAAAGCACGCACUUGUCGAGAGCGCCGAGCGCAUCUACCUGAGAUACCUCUUACCCGGCGCCGAGCGCGAAAUCUACCUCCCUCCCGCGUUGCGGUUGACCAACUUUCCCGUGUCGACCGAGACCAAGACUUCACCCCUUAUCCCGGACCUGUUCCAUGCCCAAAAACUGUACAUCUUCCGUGCGCUCGAGCAGGACGCGUUCCCGCGCUUCCUCCGCGCCAAGGCGUUCGGUAACCUCACUCAAACCUCUGCCCUUGUCCGCCUCAUCCUCGGCCUGGUGAUUCUGUGGGGCGCGUUUGUCCUCGCAUUCACCCUCAUCUUCCUCGACUGGAAGCCGCGCCUCACGCGUCUCUGGGUCAUCCUCCCUUUCUUCUUCGCCUUUAAUUUCCUCCUUGCAGCAUACUACCAGCUGUCACCAUUGUUCGCCCUCUUCUUCCAGUCGGAAACCACACCGUUCCGACUCAUCACGGUUCGCGAGACCUAUGUCCGCAAACUCCUCCUCCUUCGUGCCCUGUGGAUCGAGUGUCUCGUCAUCUUCCUCACGGCAGUCUUCACCGUCAUCUUCGCCGUUGUUCCAGGUCACCGCUUGUAG